CGUACACAUUGUUUUUGGACUUAAUUGUUUUUGGUGUAAUACGUUCCUGAUUUGUUUCUUUGCAUUAAGACAUAUUAUACAAAAACGUGCUAAAGUGCUGACCAAUCAACUGACGAUAUGGACAUAGAUGGAUACUGCUGACCAUAUGGACAAAGCAGGAAGUUCUUAAUAACUAGUAAAAUGAAAGCAGAAUGAAGAUUUUUAUGUAGUACUAUCAUACCUGAGUGAUCUAGUUCUGAAACCAAGCCAUGGGGUGUGAAAAAUCCAAACCCAAGAUGGACACAUCAGAGUCGAAGUCCUCUGAUAUUAAAGGAAGGAGCGAGGAAAACGGGGACAAACCACGUGAGAAAAACGACUACACCAACCCCCCAGUUAAUCUACCACAGCCUGGGGAAAACUCUAUUGUUGAGGGAGGCAGUGGCGGAGGGAAACGUGUUUUUGCGCUCUAUGACUAUGAUGCCCGAACACAAGAUGACCUCACAUUCCGCAAAGGCGACGUUCUCGAACUUAUAGAGGGCAUAACUGGAGACAAUGAGGACUGGUGUUACGCGCGACAUACAUAUACAAAAUAUAGCAAUCUCCAGAAGGAGGGUUACGUGCCACGGAACUAUGUUGCAUUGGAGGAAAGUCUAGAGUCACAUGACUGGUUUUUCGGACAGGUGACACGUAAGGAGGCAGAGAGAAACUUGUUGACGAAGGACAACCCUGUUGGAGCUUUCCUUGUACGGGAGAGAGAGAGUUGUCCGGGAAGCUAUGCGUUGUCCAUUCGAGACUAUGACCAGAACAAGGCCAAUCCGGAUUGCGUCAAACAUUACAAGCUUCGCAACAUGGAUGGAGGCGGAGUGUACAUUGUCAAAAGACGACAGUUCAAGAGCAUGAUGGAACUUGUGGGCCACUAUAAAGUGCAAGCGGAUUGUAUAUGUCGGUCAUUGGCAGCACCGUGUUCUCGAGCUGUCCCGGUGAUGGUCGAUUUGAGUCGGGACACUCAGGACGCGUGGGAGAUUGACAGGAACUCGCUCCAGCUGGCACAGAAGCUUGGAGCCGGUCAUUUCGGUGAGGUCUGGAAAGGAAUAUGGAACAACACAACAGAUGUCGCUAUAAAAACUCUAAAGCCAGGCACAAUGAAGAAGGAGGCCUUUCUUGCCGAGGCCCAGAUCAUGAAGCAGUGUCGCCAUGACAAACUUGUGCGUCUGUACGCCGUCUGCUCUAAGGAAGAGCCGAUUUACAUUGUGACUGAGCUCCUCAAUGACAGUCUGCUCAACUACCUGCGGGACGGAGACGGGCAAUACAUAACAUUCCCCGAUAUGGUGCACUACGCAGAACAGAUUGCUGCAGGAAUGUCUUAUCUGGAAAGGAAUAAGCUUAUCCAUAGAGAUUUAGCAGCAAGAAAUGUCCUUGUUGGUGCAAAUUAUAUUUGCAAAGUUGCCGACUUUGGUCUUGCGCGGAUAAUUGAGGAUGACGACUACAAGUCUGCACAUGGAUCUAAGUUCCCGGUCAAGUGGACGGCCCCAGAGGCGGUUAAUUUCUUGCGCUUCACGAUAAAGUCUGACGUGUGGUCAUACGGCAUUCUGCUCACGGAAAUCACAACACAUGGACAAGUACCAUACCCAGGCAUGAAUAACAAAGAAGUUCUACAGCAGAUCGCCGACGGCUACCGCAUGCCUAAACCGCUGGAAUGCUCCGACGCCAUGUACGAAAUAAUGCUCAAGUGCUGGGAUAAACGUGAGGAAAAUCGACCAACUUUUGAAUUCAUGGAGUGCUUCUUCGAUGACUAUUUUGCCAAUACAGAACUCGAAAUAUAAUAAGAAAUCAGUUGAAUAAUCAGAUAUGUGACUGAUAUUGCUGCAUACAUUUUGAACAGUUAUCAUUAGAUUCAUGAAGCAUGUUACGAUGAAAUCUCAAUUUGGUUCAGUGCGUUAUGUUAUUGCUGCCUAUUUUUAUUAUGUGUUUGGUGCAAAAAUAAUUAACUAUGUCGGGAAUAUUUAAGCCACAGUUAAUAAAUGAAAAUAUUUUUUUUUAUAUUGGCCGAAAGGUAGAAAUAUUAGACGACCGUUCCCGCGACUUAAAUUCUAACAAUGAAUGUUAGCGCCAAAUAAAAGAAAUCAAGCGUAGAGUUACCGAAAAGGGAUUAAAGGUACCAGAGUUAACUCCCUUAUAAUUAGAUUUAACACGAUAUUUGUACUUAUUGUGUUUACAAUAGAUCGAUUUGCCAUGAAAUAAAUAUCAACUCUAUAUUCCAUGUAUUAUUUAGCAAAGAUUGGAAAUAUGUAAAUACAUGUAAAAUGUUAUAAUUUAUCCCCAAUGGAUUCUUUCUCUUUCACAAAGUACCCAUUACAUGCAAGUGUUCAUUUAUAUAUUGUUGCAUUUCCCUGUUAUUGAUGCAUUCCAUGUUUUCAAUUGUACAUAUAGAUAUAAUCUUUUCUUUUUAUAUAUCAUUAACAAAUCCAUGCAAAUCCAUGUACAGUUGUUUUUUCUUGAAAGUAUUUAUUUUAGAAAAUAAAACAUACGUUACUGGGUGAGUACCUAAAUCGGAACAGUAACUAAAUACGGAACACCCGUUAUAAAAGCGUUUUUCCGAUCGCGAUCGGUUUAUUUACGAUUUUUAUGAAUAUAGACGCUUGCCUUAGAUACAAGUUCCAAAGAACACGACACUCUGGUAAGUGUUUCAAAUGCUGCUAUCCUUCAAAAGUUUUUCAUGUUCAAUGUUUAUUCAUAAAACGCGGGGAAAUGACUUCAUGCUUGCCACAAGCACAGCAUAAUGGUACAGUCUAAACUUAAAUCGUCAAAUUUUACUGACAAAAAUGACCCAAAAAAAGCUGGAAUUAAAAUGAAUUAUUAAUUUACUGAAGCAAAACAUGUAGCAAUCAUUUUAGAAAGAUACAUAAAAAUAAAUUACAUGUUAAAACUGUUCCAUAUUUAGGUACUCCGAUGACAAAAAUGGCAGUCCUUGACUGUGGGGUUAAUAAACUACUUUUCAUGCGGAUUGGUUAUAUCUUGAAAAACACCAUUUAUAUCAACCCAUUGGUCUUAAAUCCUAGUGUGCUUAUGGAAAUGUUUGUAGUGUCGGUAUAAGUCUAACUCAAAAUAUUUGAAAAAUAGUGCCGAAAGUGUUCCGAUUUAGUUACUCAUCCAGUAUAUUAUUACAUUAUAGAAAUAUUUGCUUAUGUAUAUAAAUAAUUACAUAUCAGUUAUGAUGUGUGCUAUUCUAGAUUGAACAUGACUAUACAUCUUUAUAAGCUGUAUUUAAUAUUCUUAUCGCAUAUAUUAAUUCAUUUUUAGGCAAUAAGCCGCAGACCUGGGUUUAGCAAAUCGAAAUCAGGUAUCGUCAGAUCUACUUUUUGACAUUAAAUGUUAAAAGAAUUAAUGCGCCGGGGUUACAAAAUGGGACAUAUUGUGUUAUGCGAUUUAAAAUAGUGUGAACAAAAAUACCGCUUUUUUUAAAAUACGUUCAUAAUAUUGCAACGUUAAUAUGACUUUAAUAGCAAACCGAAUAAUCUUCAACAUAUCUUGGUGAGGAACCUUUGGCAAUAGAAAAUUACGCAGAAAAUGGAAAUGUCCUACUUUAAUGUCUACUCAAAAAAGCUCUUUUAUUUCAAUAUUAAAGAAUUAUUCCAUUUGUUUUACAAAAAUAUAUGUUAAUUAUUGUACAAUUUUGGAUAAAAAUGAAAAAAAGCAGCAAAAUUCACCAUCAAUACUAGAAGGAAAGUUACAAUUCAAUGAAGAUUUCCAGUUUUGCCACUUGAGUCUGGACUCAGACUUAAGACUGUUUGUAAACAUGGUACCAUUUGUUUUUAUCAUUACAAUGCAAAAUAUUAUGUAUUUAAAAAAAAUAUGAGUUUGAAUAAUAUUUUCUACUGGGAGGACCUUUCUUAAGUCAGAAAAUGUAAUGAUUAUAUUCGCAAUGAAAUUUCUGGUAGUUUACAGAAAAUGUUUUUGAAACUGUAUUUUAUCCAGAUUUUUGAUUUUAAAAGUUAAAAACAUACAUAUUUGAUUAAACAUUUGAUAUUUCAUCGAUUUUUGAUUAAACAAUACAUCUUUGUAAAAAUACCUCUGUGUUAUCGUUUAUUCAAAACAAUGUGUUUCUUUUUUUCAACUAAAUUAUUUAAAAAUCUAAUAUUGAGUGUUUACGUUUGCUGUAAGUAGUGUUUUAAGACUAUUAAGUUGAUGAAGUAAAGGUAAAUCCAACAAUUUCAGUGUUGGUGUGAAUGUCUCUAUGCUACCAAUUGCACAUGUACAAACCUCUGUAUAGCCAUUUUAAUAAGCCCAAACAUAAAGUGUAAAAGUAACUGAAGAUAGCUCAAAAACCAGCGUCUAAUCAAAUACCAUAAUGGUAUGAUAUGUAUAUAAUGAUGUUAUUCAAUAUCUUUGAAAAAAAUAGAGAACACAAUCUUAAUUUAAUUUCCCCACUUGUUUCCGUCAGAGUCCUUCAAAACGAUUAAAUCUGAGUUUGUCUGCCAAUACCAUUGAUUGAGACAUCAGCGCAAAAUGAAAGUAGGUUUAAAAAUGCACACAUUUCUGGAUUAUUAAAAACUACUAAUUACUAAUGGCGAAAAUAAGAUCACUUAAAAUCUGCAACAAUUUUAGGAAAAGCUAACUUUGUGUAUCAUUUUGACAUUUUUGGUAAAAUCACGUUUUGGGCUUUUUCAUGAUAAAUGGUGGUAAAAUGAAUUGAAACAUUUGUAAAGAAAACCCAACUCAUCUUCUGUGUGAAAUUGGAUAAUAUUUGUUAAAUUGUGAAUUUACUUAAGCUUAAGCUUUACCCGUUAAAAUAUCUGUAGUUUACCGGUUAUUAUGCAAGAUCCAUUAAGAGAGCUAUUUUCUAAACAUUUCAUAAAAAUAUUGAAAAAUAACCUUGGUUCUACCGUGUGUAAAACACUCAUUUUUAAAAAAAAAAAAUCAAUUUAGCGUUAAAAUAAUAGUUCAACAUUUAUGUAAUUCUUGAAAUUCAGGUAAUUCUUAUAUUUUACUCUUUUUUUUUCAUUUUUAUUACUACACCAUGUUAUUGUUGAAGUGUUAACUUUACCUGUAUUAUUUCAAUAUGAACAUGUGGAAUGACAAUUCCAUUCCCUUAAUUCUUGCAUAUGUAGAAAAGUAUACUUAAGAGAUUAGUAAAAUGAAUUUUAGUUAUUCAUUACCGACAUGUUUCUUUA